AACUGUUUACUUUCACAUCAUUUUCAGUUUUAAUGAGCUGCAGGUAUUAUUCCCCCGUCGCACAUGUCGGGCUGUUUCUCCUCAGAAACACAUUUCUGUAUUUUAUUGUUUUUAUUUAUUUAUGUUUUUAACUAACUUUUAUUCAGACGGAGUCACCGUCUCACCACAACAGCAGUUCCUUGUAAUGUUGCCUCUGUGCACCACCACAGGGAAGGUGGAUGAGGUCAGCCAUCCAAAGAGAAGCGGAGAAGGCAGAGCAGGCUGGGUGGAGUGGGUGGAGAUGAGAGUCGGGGUGGAUUAGCAGCGAAAGGUUUAAAGAUGGCAGUGAGAGCUGCUGUGCUGGAGGGUUGGUGGGUCUCACUUUAAUCACAGAAAAGCUGCUCCGCUGACCUGAGAUCAGCUCUUUUCUGUAUGGUGAGAAACUCCUAAGAAGCUUCUCAGUCUCCGUCUGACGGAGCAGAGACUACAGCCUGCUUCAUCCAUGAACACCAGCCCUCUGCAGCCGUACAGGCUCAACAGACAGAUGAUGGGAUUUUUCUCUCCUCAUCAGUCUGCUCCAGCUUCAUCCUGGUUUCAUCUUUCAGACCUGUGCAGAUGUUCCUGAGUGUAACCAGAGGUUUGCACCUUCUGUCUGGCCUGAGUCUUCCUGACCUGGUCAGACGGGUGAAGCUGUUUUCCAUCACCAUGGAUUGUUGGGAAAGAUACUGAAGCCCUGGUGGCCUCUGACACAUCUGUGGGAGUGUUACACACAGCCCUCAGGAAAAGAGCUAACAGAUAAGAACGAAUCCAGUUACCCUCUUUGGAGGUCAUAUUAGGAGUUUCAGUGAACAGCAACAAGUUCAGCACUCUGGAUCAACUCAUGUUUUAUCUGCCUUAAUGUGUCACAGAAUAAGGAAGGGCGUGGCCUCACCUGGCCCUGAACCUGUCUGUCAGGCUCAGGGCCAGGUGCAUGCAAAACGUCUCUCUUCAACCGUCAAUGCAACACUUUAGUUAAAUGCUUCAAAUUAAAGCUGAAGGCCAAUCACACCUGGAUGGAUGGAUCCACUGUGGGGUGUACAGAGCCAAUAUUUCCACAAACAUAUGAACUGUUAGGUCAUUCAGGCCACGUGGAGGUGAGCAGGAACCUCAGCAGGUUAAAAUAAACCAGAAUUAUCCUUUGAAAUGAGAAUAAACAGCAUUAACCCCGUGUGUCUGUCUGCAGUCGGCUCAUUUCUUUGACAUGAUGGACAAGAUGGAGGUAAGAAUUUCAUUAACUUCUGUGUGUGUGUGUGUGUGUGUGUGUGUGUGUGUGUGUCCUGGGUAAAUGAAAGAACAAACAGGGUUAUUUUCCAGCCAGGCAGUGAAAGUUAAUAUAUUUUUAAGACUUUUCUUCAAAAUGAAAUUUUCUCCUUCUCCGACAAACAGCACAACAGGCUUCAUCCAAUAUUCAUUUAGCUUCCAGCAGAACAAAACCAGGUUUCAGCCAUUAAAUCAGGUACAAACAUGACACAACGACGCUGCGUCGCCCCGUCACAGAUUUCAUCCGUCACUUUGGAUCUUUGUAAUAUCUCUCGACAUGUCUAAGGCGUGGUAUUUCCCCUUGUUUCUUUCUUUUAUAUGUUUUAUCCUGUUUUUCUGUAUGCUUCUUGUUCUCUCUGGAUGUGCUCUUGCUACACCUACACCUCUACGUCUCAUCACACAUCAUCAUCGUAGACCUAAACAGGGAGAUAAGCCGCCCGGUGACUGAUGACAAACAGCUGCAGGUUUCACAUAUCAGGACAAAGUAAAAACAACCGGAGAAGCAGCAGAUUCUGAACUAGACAACUGCAGAUGUACAGCAACGCGUAACACUCUCUUUAUUUAUUUAACACAAACUAAGAAGCAGUUUGACUGAGCCCACGCCCCCUUCAGCAGCGAGGGUUUCUGUGGAGGAACUGUGGUCCACUCAGCUCGUUGAGGUUUCAUUCAGUCAUGCACAGCUCUCUGAGCUCUGCAGCAGCUCCUUUUGCUUUUCAGCUGUUCUGUUUCAGAUUUGCUGCUGAGCGUGGAUCUGUGACCUGCUGAUGACCCAGUUUGGUCCAGCUGUGGGACAAACGUCCUCACCCUGACUCUGAACACUUUGGUUCAUGGAGGUCAGGUCAUCAUCGCUGCAUGUAUUAGUUUUUUGAUUUUGAACAAACUCUUUGGUCUCACUUUGUUCCAGAAGUCUUUGAUCAGCUGUAGCUUUGCAAACUUUGACCUUUGACCUGCUAACUGAGGCCUAUAGAGGUGGAGCUGUUGGGACCUCAGGGUGAAAGGUGUUGUUGUGUUGACACACCUGAAUGCUGCAGAGCUACAAACCUCCGAGUCGAUAACACUCCUGCAGGUGCCAGAAGCUGCCGAGAUGAAGACAAUCCCUCAGAGACAGAAGGACGACUACAUUCCUUAUCCGAGGAUCGAGGAGGUGUUGGAGAGGGGGGGGCCGUACCCUCAGGUGAUUCUACCUGAGUUUGGAGGCUACUGGAUCGAGGAUCCUGAUGCUCCUCCUCCCUCUACAGACAGCAGGGGGAAGGAGGAGGUGGAGGAGAUGGGGGAGGAUGAAGGAAGACAAGAGGAAGAGACUGCCCCAGGGGAUUAUGGGUACCGGCUGGAGGAGAUCAGCGAGGCUGCUCGGGCGUACAGGAAGCACUUCUUGGGCAGGGAGCAUUUAAACUUCUCGUGCUCAUCGAGCAGCGUGGGAAACCUGCUGCUGUCUGUGAGACACGAGCAGGAGAAGGAGCACGAGCACCUCCACGUCAUCAUCAGAUCUCGGGUGAAAAGCGUCUACCACAGAUUAUCUCUGGCAGAGCUGCCGGACAUCCCAAGUGUACCAGAGCUGGCCAAGCUGCUGUGCGACGAAGCGGCAGGUCUACGGUUCAGUCCCGUCCUGUACCCAAAGGCAUCUCAGCUGAUAGUGAACUAUGAUGAGCAUGAGGUGAACAACACCUACAAGUUUGGAGUCAUUUACCAGAGAUCUGGUCAGGUGUCUGAGGAGGAGCUGUUCAGGAACAACGAGGAAACGCCGGCUUUCACAGAGUUCCUGCAGCUGCUGGGAGACACAGUGGAUCUGCAGGACUUCAAAGGGUUUCGGGGGGGUCUGGAUGUCUCUCACGGUCAGACGGGGUCUCAGUCCAUCUACACGGUCCACCGGCAGCAGGAGAUCAUGUUCCACGUGUCCACCAAACUGCCCUUCACCGAGGGAGACGCCCAGCAGCUGCAGAGGAAACGGCACAUAGGAAAUGACAUCGUGGCACUGGUUUUUCAAGAAGAGGCCACGCCUUUCGUCCCCGACAUGAUCGCCUCCAACUUCCUCCACGCCUUCAUCGUGGUGCAGGCGGAGGAGCCGUGCUCUGAGACCACCUCCUACAAGGUUUCCGUCACAGCACGAGAGGACGUCCCGCCAUUUGGCCCGCCCCUCCCAAACCCGGCUGUCUUUGAAAAGGGUCCAGAGUUCAGAGAGUUUCUUCUCACCAAACUCAUCAACGCAGAGCUGGCCUGCUACAAGAGCGACCGCUUCGCCCGACUCGAGGAGCGAACCCGGGCCGCCCUGCUGGACAGCCUCCACGACGAGCUGCAGAGACGCUCCCAGAGCAUGCUGGGAUUGACGUCAGGGCCGGAGGAGGAGGGCCGAGGUGAGAACGGACAGGCCCACGGAGGACUGCUGGAGUCCAUCAAGAGGGCGAUGCGAGGGAGGAGCGUCUCCAUGGAGACUAUGUCGAGGGGCGGGGCUGGACUGCCCACCAGUUUGAGUGGGGGGGGUCUGGCACACCUGAAUAUGGAGUGUAACGUCAAGUCUCCCGUGAAGCGGCGCUCGGGACUUUUUCCUCGCCUGCUGAGCGUCGACAGCCAAACAGAGAAGCACAGCCAGAGGAGCCUCCUCGGUGAGCAGAGGAGCUUCGACGGCUGCAACCCGAUGCUGGAGGUGAGGCCAGAGUUGCCGUCCAAUCCUAGCUCUCCAGAGGCGGGGCAGCGGGACAGGAUUCACACGAAGAAGGAGAGCAGUAAGAUUUCCAGGUCCACAUCCAGCACCUGCAGCUUCAGCAUCCCAGCUGACGACACACACCUGGUAAGACAGGCUGCGACGGUAGAAGGUCAGAGUUCAGCUCCGGUCAUCGUGUGCCGCAGCCCCACAGAGCUGAAAAACAAGAACUCGCCCAGAUCCAACCUGAAGUUUCGCUUCGACAAGCUGAGCCACUCCGCCGCACAGGGACACUCAGCCGACAGGACGGCGCUGACAGAAUAAAAGCCUGAAGCUUCAAACAGACAGCAGCCUCCACACAGCAGCAGGAGGAGGAGGAGGAGGAGGGUCUCCUGAUGGACCACCACACACACAUGCUUGUCUUUCUGUCUUUGUGAGGACCCAGAGUGCAGCUCUCCUGUUUCUGUCUGGUUUUUGUUCUUCUCAUCUUCUGCACAAACCAUCAAAUCAUUUCCGAACAUAAACGUAUCUGUGCGCAGGACACUGAACACUUACUUCUUUUUAAACCGUUCUACAGUCAAAUUCGACACAGAGCUCUUCCUGUUUUGCGCUUCAUUCAGUGUAAGAUGUAAAGAGGAGGCUCGCUCGUUCGCUGUAGAAACUUUAUCACAGAAACAGCAGCAGCUCUUAAAACUUUACGUUAAUGAGCAGUUUGGUUUACGUGGAAACAACCUGAUGAUGAGUAGCUCCAAACACCAGGGGGCGCUGCAGAGAGGGGCUGAGAUUCCACCCAAAGGACCAGGACCCGAGCAGCUAAGCUUCCCUGAGGGGCAGCGGUUGAUGCCCCUCUCCCCAAACACCGCUGAGGUGCUCGCAUCCAGCUGGGAGACGUCCUCUCUCCAAGCAUUUCAACCAAAACAAGAAAAACAAAAACACCACGGGAGCUCAAAGUUUGGGGAUUCACUCGUGUCAGCGGCAACCACAAGAACUGUAACGCCCCGCCCCCUGUCUCCCUGUGAGAUGAUUGGUCCUCAGUGCCGGUUAGUCUUUUUGUCAGCUGGCGCGGUGCUGGUCUCCCCGAAGGUGCCUGGUCCUGGAGGAGAGUUCCUGCGGUGGACACGAAGCCUUUUUGACCCUAAAGUUUGUCGUUGCGUUGUGACUCCGAUGGUUUCUCAACACAGACGCCUGUGUGACAUCAUAAAGAUCCAAGUACAGAAAAACUGUGGUAAAGCUCGUUAUUAGAAAUGUUAUGUUUGUUACGAAUGCCCACCGCGUGAACGGGGAGGAGGAGCUGCUCGGUCUGCGCGUCCAUGGUCUGUGGGAUUUAUUCUUAUUAAUAACACGUGGCUGCGGGUUCAGAUUCAGACAGACGCUGCCGUUCUCCACGCACACUGUAACGUAGUGAGCUCAGCUGAGAUACACCUGAAACUUUUUUAAACUGGACCCAAAUCAGUUUCACCCCCUGCUGCAGCGUCACGAUCUGCAGCACACAGGGUCUGAGCGACGGGGCUCAGGUGGACGGUGCUGCAGGUGAGUCAGAGAGGUGGAGCUGCUGGAGGUCAGGGAGAAGAAGAAGCGCUGUGAUUGGUCUGAUGAUGGGGUCUGAAGCUUCGCUCUCCGUCUCUGAGGGACACUCGCACCAAUCACGUCGAGUCUCGAGGUCACUCACUGCACUGGAAGCUGCACAGCUACAGGAGUUCAGGUUUUCAAAAUAAAAGCCCUGGUUUGUUUUAAAAGAGGGACGAUGAUGCAGCAUGAACACAAAGAUGUCUGCGUGUGUUUCUGAUGUCAUAAAGUGUGUGUGUGUGUGUGUGUGUGUGUGUGUGUGUGUGUGUGUGUGUGUGUGAUGUAAAGCAUGAAUCUGUAAAACUGAACAUUUCACAAAUAAAAAUCAGCUUCUUUCAGUGUUUGUUGUUGUUUUUGUCGUUUCAUUCUCUCCCAACAUUAAACCGGAUCAUUUUUGGUCUCAGUGGGUUUUUAUUUUUGUAUUUUUUUUACUGAAGACACGCUUCAGCUGCAGAAGUCAUUGUUGUCUGCAGCUACAAACUACUGUGCAUGUCGUGUUCAUGCACAGCUGGAGCCUCAGAGCCAGAUGCUGGUUCAAAGCAUUGAAAAAAGUUGAUUGUUCUUUUAUAAAAGAACAAAAAACUAACAAAUAAUCAUUGACUAGUUGUUCUUCUCUGUGUUUAUUUGUGUAUUUGUGUGUCUGAGUAUCUGUUAUAAAACAAUUAAAGCAAAUAAAUAUGAAACUU